AUGAGCAAGUUUGGAGUCAUGAUCAUGGGCCCGGCGGGGGCUGGCAAGUCCACCUUCUGCGCCAACCUCAUAACCCACCUCCACCUCAACCGCCGCUCCACAUUCUACAUCAACCUCGACCCAGCCGCCGAAUCCUUCGAACACCAACCCGACCUCGACAUCAAGGAGCUCAUCACACUCGAAGACGCCAUGGACAUAGGCUACGGCCCCAACGGCGGCCUCGUCUACUGCUUCGAGUUCCUCAUGGAAAACCUCGACUUCCUCACCGAAGCCCUCGACUCACUCACCGAAGAGUACCUCAUCAUCAUCGACAUGCCGGGCCAGAUCGAGCUCUACACGCAUAUUCCCAUCGUGCCGAACCUCGUGCGCUUCCUCUCGCGCCCGGGAGCUCUGGACGUACGUCUUUGCGCUGCGUACCUUAUUGAAUCGACUUUUGUGCUGGACAGGGCGAAGUUUUUUGCGGGUACGUUGAGCGCUAUGAGCGCUAUGCUUAUGCUUGAGGUACCGCAUUUGAAUAUCCUUUCCAAGAUGGAUUUGGUAAAGGGCCAGAUUAAGAAGAGGGAUUUGGAAGACUUUUUGACGCCUGAUUCCGCGCUGUUGGAUACGGAUCCUAUCGAGAGGGCGAGGAUGAGGGAAGAAGGCGCCGAGGAGGACGAGGAGGAGGCGGAGUUUGGUGUCAAUCCGGCGGAGAGGAAGGCUGUUAUGAAAGGUGCGAGUUUCAGGAGGUUGAACAGGGCUGUUGCUGGGCUGAUUGAGAGCUUUAGUAUGGUGAACUUUUUGACCCUCGAUUUGACGGAUGAGGAUAGCAUUGGGGCGGUGCUCAGUCACAUCGACGACGUCAUACAGUACCACGAGGCUCAGGAACCUAGGGAGCCGAAUGACGAGAUUGAGGUUGAUGAGGAGUAG